AUGUCGUUCCUGUUGAACAUGCUGGUGACUCUGGUCGCCCUUGUCGCGACCUCCGUUCUUCUCCCGCAACUCCCCUUGAGUGUUCUUCGACUGGUGCUCCGCGGUGUCGGAUGGCUUGUCCAGAGGAGAACCAAGUCUCGCAAGGAAUUUAUUGUUUCGCGGGUGAGGGCAGAUGAUGAAGAUUUCCUGUCCAAACGAGCCAGGUCGUCACCCCGCACCCAAGCAGCUGACGAAGACUGGGAAAAGGUCGAUACGUCCAGCUCAAGCACCGCUGGAAAUGCAAACAAGGGACCUAGCGAUGACGAUUGGGAUGGAGUUAUUGGUUUCUUCCACCCGUUCUGUAACGCCGGCGGAGGAGGGGAACGUGUUCUCUGGGAGGCUGUGAGAGCCACGCAGAAGCGCUGGCCCAAAGCGAUAUGCGCUAUUUACACGGGUGACCAUGAAGUGAACAAGGCGGGGAUGCUCGAGAGAGUCGAGAAUCGCUUCAACAUCCAAUUGCAUGCACCAACCGUGGUCCUACUCUACCUCUCUACACGCAAAUAUGUCGUCCCCAGCAUGUACCCCUACAUGACCCUCCUGGGACAAUCUCUGGGAUCUCUGAUAGUCGCCUACGAUGCAUUCAACCUCCUUGUUCCUGAUGUGUUUGUCGACACCAUGGGCUACGCCUUUACCCUUGCCUUCUGCAAGAUGCUCUUCCCAUCGGUUCCCACUGGAGCUUACGUUCACUACCCUACCAUUUCGACCGACAUGCUCGAAUCGCUGGAUGACAAGAGUGGUCUCAAGGGUGUCAACGCCGGCGCUGGUACAGGCUUCAGGGGCACGGUCAAACGGAAGUACUGGCUUCUCUUCGCCCGACUCUAUGGCUGGGUUGGCGGCCAUGUCGACGUGGUUAUGUGCAAUUCCUCCUGGACCUCGGCGCAUAUUCGAACCAUCUGGGGACCAUCGCGCAGUGACAGACCAUUCAAGGAUCCCUCGGUCGUCUUCCCACCCACAGCCGUGUCGGAGCUCCAAUCCACCAUCACCGUAAACGACGAGACCGAAAACACCCGUGAACCCAUCAUCCUGUACAUUGCGCAAUUCCGCCCCGAAAAGAACCACCCCCUCCUCCUCCGCUCGUUCGCGCGCUUCCUCAACGAACGAAGCAAAAACCCCACGUCCGCCUCCCAACCGGAACCGAAGCUCGUCCUCAUCGGAUCCGUCCGCCACGCCAGCCCGGACGAAACCCACAUCUACAACCUCCGCCUCCUAGCGCAUGAGCUCCGCAUCCGCGAUCACACCACCUUCCUCUGCGACGCCAGCUGGCCCGCCAUUCUCGAGCACCUGGGCAAGUCUUCCAUCGGCGUCAACGCCAUGUGGAACGAGCACUUUGGCAUAUGCGUCGUCGAAUACCAAGCCGCCGGACUCAUCAGCGUCGUCCACGACUCGGGCGGCCCGCGCGAAGACAUCGUCAUCGACCUCGGCGACGGCGCAACGGGAUUCCGCGCUUCCACCGAAGACGAAUUCGCCGCGGCAUUCGAGGCAGCUCUUGCGCUUCCCCGGGAGGAGAAGAUCGCGAUGCGCUCGCGCGCCCGUCAAUCCGCCCUACGAUUCACAGAGGAGGAGUUCGGCGUCAAAUGGCUUGAUGCGGUGGGCAAACUCGUCGAGAUGGCUCAGUAG